CCUUACCGGGUAUCCAGUAACGAUGUGCAUGCAUGCACACCACUAUCCGUGAGAACAGGCGUUGAUCCGUGUGAAGUGGACGUGGGAGGCCUGCUCAGCAUACUCCCUCCGUUUCUCUCGAAGAAUCUGUUAUUUCGUUCGCCUGGGCUCGUGUUACCUGCGUCGUCGACGGAAAAAUUGUUCGUAGAGCGGCCGGCCGUGGACGAAUGGAGUAUACGCCGGAAUGCAACUGGGGAAAGACAAGGUGGAUACUGCAUCAUUCGACGGCCGGUUGUGAUGGAGAAGAUCAUGCGGAGGGUCUAAGCAUGGAGAUUGUGGCACAAUGUAGAGCUAAUGGUGGCCAAAACACGGCGGAAGUGCAGCAUUCGGCGAGCGCAUGUGGUGCAGUAAUUCGAAUUGAUGCAGGUGAUGGGAAAACUCUAGAGACACUGGACGAGGAUACGCCACCAGCAACGGAUGUACUGAAUCUAGUGUACAGGAAAGACAUCAGUAAUCUUGGCAUGCGGCUGUUGUCAUUGAAUGAUGACUGGACAGAGGGAGUACCUGAAGAAAUAUUGGAUACGACUCAACCAAUUGAGAGGGUUGUGCUAGAAGAGAUUGAUCAGAAUGCUGAAUUACCAGAAAAUUACUCCGAUCCUGAGAUUUUUGUGCCGAGAGUGGGACAGGGUUUCAAAACAGAUACUGAUGCCUUCAAUUUUUACAACAUGUACUCUAUUCGUAUGGGUUUUGGUAUUCGUCAUAACAAAAAUCGAAAGAAUGUGGCAGGAGAAAAAACAAUGCAGGAGAUGUGCUGCACCCACCAGGGGCACAAUUCAAAGACAAAGAAACCUUCUGUGCGCCUGGGUUGCCCAGCAAUGGUCCGGGUGAAUAGAAGUAACGGUGAUGAUGUGUGGACAUUAACAAAAUUUGUUACAGAGCACAACCAUCCCAUGAAAGGAAGAACUGGAGUGACUAUGAACUACCAGUCGCACAACCGAAUUGAUGAGGGCACCAGAGGUAUUGUUGCUGACAUGGUGGAUAGUGGGAUCAAGUCAACCAACAUGUAUGGUCUGUUGGCAGGGUUGCAUGGGGGUCCUUCGAUGGUUCCAUUUAAUAGAAGGGCCAUGGAUAGGUUAGCAUAUGCGAUUAAGCGAGAUGAAUGCAGCGACGAUGUUCAGAAAACUCUGGACUUCUUCCGGGAAAAUGAGGCCAAGAGUAAGAACUUCUUUUAUAGUGUUCAAGUCGACAAGGCAUGCCGAGUGAAGAAUAUUUUCUGGGCGCAUGCAGUAUCUAGACUGAAUUUUGAGUUGUUUGGAGAUGUAGUGACAUUUGACACUACCUACAGGACGAAUAAGUAUGAAAUGCCAUUUGCUCCUUUUGUUGGGGUGAAUAAUCAUUAUCAAAGCACGAUAUUUGGUGGUGCAUUGCUCAGAGAGGAGACAAUUGAAUCAUUCAAGUGGUUGUUUGGAACUUUUAAGAAGUGCAUGAAUGGGAAGGAGCCAAAGUCCAUACUUACAGACAAUUGUCGAGCCAUGGAAGUUGCAAUUGGAGAAGUGUUUCCCAAUACUUCGCACCGGGUGUGCAAGUGGCAUGUGCUGAAGAAAGCCAAAGAACGGCUAGGAAACAUUUACAGCGGGAAGCGUUCGCCGUUCAAAGAAGAGUUCCACAAAGUGUUGAACCAAUCACUCACGGUUGAAGAGUUUGAAUAUGCAUGGAGCGAAUUGAUGUCAAGAUAUGGUCUGCGGGAGAGUGUGUAUUUGAAUCAGAUAUGGGAUAUUAAAGAAAAGUGGGCAUUUGUGUACUUUGCAGAAUAUUUCUUUGCCGGAAUGACUACUACUCAGAGAAGUGAGUCUGCAAAUCAUGUAUUCAAGAAGUUUAUAGGACCAUCAUGCUCCAUGUUUGGGUUUGUGAAGGGCUAUGAAAGAUUCUUACAAGACAGGCUGCAGGUUGAGGACACCGAAGAGUUCCAUACUGAAAAUGAAAAGGUAGAUAACAAAACAAAUUCGCCAAUAGAAAAACAUGCCGCAAGAAUAUAUACAAGAGGUGUGUUUAACUUAUUCAGUGAACAGCUUGUUGAUAGUUUAUCAUUCAAGCUUGAGCCAUCUGAAACCGAAAAGGUCAUGUUUCAAUAUGGAAUAUCUGAGAUACCAGAUAGAUAUAUCCUGAAAAGGUGGACAAAGAAUGCAAGAGACUACAUACCAUCACAUCUUCAGGGGUACAAAGAUGACGAGGAUGCUGCGGCAUCUAGAACAUACAGGCAUUCUAUGCUUAGCAGGUUAUCAAUGGAGCUUGCAAGACGGGGAAACAAGGAUGUAGAAACAUAUAGGAAAACCAUGGAUGCGAUGUCUCAACUAUUAGAUGAUCUAAAGAUUGGGGAAUCUUCACAAGACGAUGACUCAGGUAUGCGAGGCCCAAAUAGAUCAGGAUGGCAACAGCAAGGAGGUAAACAUACUCAGAAUAAUAAGAACGAUGUCGAUGUCAACUUGACAGAAACAGAUGAGGAAUUGGAGCUUGAGGUAACUGGUGAAGAGGGUGUAGGGCAUGGAUUGGUGACUCAAGAGGUGUUGCCUCCAGUAGCGAAGCGUAAAAGAGGAAGGCCAAGGGUGAAAAGGAUGAAGACAGGGGGCGAAGUGGCAAGCGUGCAAUAUGCACAUGACAAAAGGAAGGAAAGAAAUAUGAUGCUGGAUACUGAUGUUCCGGUAGUAGGAUCAUCUUCUGAGGGCACACAGAACUUAGGAGACAACAUACCGCCACGUCCAAGAUACUGCCACACAUGUGGCGAACGAGGUCAUUAUGCAAGCACGUGUGGAAAGGACUCCACAUAUAAGAGGAAGGACCAUUUUAAGGGAUAG